GCUCCCUCACCUGUCCUGUUGAAGGUCGUCGAUCCUGAAGACGGACACCUGGAUGUCGGGGGGCCCAUGGCGAGCAGAGUCUUCCCGUCAAGCCUCAGCCAGUCCAAGAUACUGAAGCUAUGGGGGGACAGCAGCACUCUGAAGGGAGUCUUCGAGGCAGGGGACAUGUCAGCAGUAGCCACCAAGCUCCAGGCCACCCUUUACUCGCUGGAGAAUGCCAGGCUGGAUGUAGGCAUCACGGGGGACACGGGCUCAGGCAAGUCGACCUUUGUCAAUGCCAUCAGGGGGCUGGGAGACGAGGACCCCAAAUCGGCCUACACGGGCGUGGUGGAAAUGACGGUGGGGCCCACGCCGUAUGCACACCCGAAGUACCCCAAUGUUGUCAUCUGGGACCUGCCGGGCAUCGGCGCACCCACCUUCCAGGCCGAAAAAUACCUCCAGCGGGUGCUGCCAGCCCGUUACGACUUCUUCAUCAUCAUCAGCUCGGAGAGCUUUGCCGCCCACCACGCCCAGCUGGCCUGUGAGCUCCGGCAGUGCCGCAAACGCUUCUACCUCAUCCGCUCCAAGGUGGACGUGGACAUCACCGCCUCCCGCAGCCGGCGCCCCAGCACCUUCUCAGAGGAGAGGGUGCUCAGCCAGAUCCGGGAUGACUGCUGCCGGCGGCUGGAGGCAGGGGGCCUGCAGGACCCCAAGGUCUUCCUGCUCUCCAUGUUUGAGUUGGGCAAGUACGACUUCCACCUGCUGUCGGAGAUGAUGGUGAAGGAGCUCGAGAGCCACAAGCAGCAUGCGUUUCUGCAGGCCCUGCCCAACGUCUCGAAGCCCAUCCUGGAGAAGAAGGCAGCCUCGCUGCGGCAGCACAUCUGGCUGGUGGCCGCAGUGGCCUCUGGCAUCAACCCGAGCCCCGUGCCAGGUGUACGGGAUGUGGCAUGUGACCUACACAUGCUCAUCGACUCCCUGCAAGGCUACCGCUGCAGCUUCGGGCUGGACAAGGACUCCCUCGCCACAUUGGCGGGGCAGACGGGUCAAGCCCUGCACAAGAUCCUGGAGGCAGCACAGGGCCCAGAGACCCAGGUCACCGAGGCACUGGUGGUGGAACGACUGGGCCAGGCCUCCCGGGAUGCCUCUGCUUUCACCCAGGAGCUCCUCAACGUGCCCAUCCUUGGCACCCUGGCCAACUGUGGCAUCUCCUUUGCCACCAUCUACCAGAUGCUCCACAUGUCUCUGGAUGAGGCGGUCAAGGAUGCCCAGAGACUGCUGCUUCAGGCCUUCCUCGACGACUCCGAACACGAGUUCCCAGACAGAUCCAAUCCAUGAUCCCAGCCCUGAGCCUAGGCCAGCUGGAGGUGGCAGCGAGGGACUGGGAGGAUCCAGGUUCUGUCCCCAGGCAGGGUGGUGCCGGGGGAGGGAAAGAAACUCAAGCUCUAGCUCUCCUGGACUGAG